AUGGCUACCAAGCAGGAAAAGUCCCUCCUGAACGGUGUUGGAAGCAAGAUCUCCCAGGUCGAGAAAGUCAUUUCAGCAUCCUUACGGCCAUUGCCUACUACAACGGGCGAUGGAACAUACAUCACAGAGCAGGUGCAGACAGGCCUCGUCAAGGACCUGGGCCAUGUCGACCUCGAUAGCGUCAAGGCCAUUUUGGAGAUUGUUAAGGAUACUGCAACAGGCGAGCCGCUCAAUGACAGACACUAUAUCAUGGAGCGAGUGAUCCAACUCGCUUCCGGUCUGCCGUCAACCUCCCGAAACGCGAAAGCUUUGACAAACACUUUCCUCAAACAACUAUGGAACGAUUUGGAGCAUCCGCCAAUCUCCUACCUCGGUUCGGACCACGUAUACAGACAAGCGGAUGGCUCAGGCAAUAACUUCCUAUGGCCUCACAUUGGUGCCGCUGGUUCCCACUAUGCCAGGUCUGUACGCCCAACAACGGUACAGUCUCCUUCUCUUCCAGAGCCUGAGACUCUUUUUGCCUCUCUCUUGGAGCGAAAGGAUUACAAGGAGCACCCGAACAAGAUCUCCAGCAUCCUGUUCUACCUUGCUUCUAUCAUCAUUCAUGAUCUUUUCCAAACCGACCGCAAUGAUUAUACUGUGAGCUUGACAUCUUCUUACUUGGAUCUGUCGCCUUUAUAUGGCAACAACCAAGAGGAGCAGAAUCAGGUAAGGACAUUCAAGGACGGAAAACUGAAGCCGGAUUGCUUCUCCAGCAAACGUAUUCUGGGCUUUCCCCCAGGUGUCGGUGUCCUUUUGAUCAUGUUCAACCGCUUCCACAACUAUGUAGUCGAAAAUCUGGCUACCAUCAACGAGGGCGGUCGUUUCACCAAGCCGGAUGAGUCGAAUACCAAAGCAUAUGCGAAGUACGACAAUGACCUAUUCCAGACUGCUCGACUGGUGACCUCCGGCUUGUAUAUCAACAUUAUUUUAAAGGACUACGUUCGCACAAUUUUGAACAUCAACCGAACGGACAGCACCUGGAGUCUGGAUCCUCGAGCAGAGAUGCAAGAUGGACUUCUAGGUGAGGCACCAGCACAGGCCACUGGUAACCAAGUUUCUGCUGAGUUCAAUCUCGUUUACCGCUGGCACUCUUGUAUCUCCAAGCGGGAUGAGAAAUGGACGCAGGAUAUGUACCGCGAGUUGUUCCCUGGCAAAGAGCCGGAAGAUAUCUCUCUGCGAGAAUUUCUGCGGGGAGUUGGUCAGUGGGAAGCUCGUCUACCAGAGGAACCUUCCGAACGCCCGUUCGCUGGGCUACAGCGCAAGGAAGAUGGAUCGUUGGACGAAGGUGAACUGGCUAAGCUGUUUGCGGACAGUGUUGAAGAUUGUGCGGGUGCCUUUGGAGCAUCAAAUGUUCCUUCGGUCUUCCGCAACAUCGAAGCCCUGGGUAUCAUGCAGGCCCGCUCAUGGAACUUGGCCACGUUGAACGAAUUCCGAAAAUACUUCAACCUCACGCCUUACAGGACAUUUGAGGAAAUCAACUCUGACCCUUACAUUGCUGGUCAGCUCAAGAGGCUGUACGAGCACCCCGACCUGGUCGAAAUCUACCCGGGCAUCAUUGUGGAAGACGCGAAGGAAUCUACUAUCCCUGGAAGUGGCCUGUGCACGAACUACACGAUAUCGAGAGCUAUCCUCUCCGAUGCCGUAGCUUUGGUCCGUGGUGAUCGCUUCUAUACGGUGGACUACACGCCAAAGCAUCUGACGAAUUGGGCAUACAAUGAGAUCCAGUAUCAAGAUACUGUUGAUCAGGGGCAUGUCUUCUACAAGCUUGUCUUGCGUGCAUUCCCCAACACCUUUGCCGGCAACUCUAUAUAUGCUCAUUUCCCUCUUGUUGUUCCGUCCGAGAAUGAGAAGAUUUUCAAGGAUCUUGGCCGUUUUGACGACUACAGCUGGGAUCGGCCCAGCCUCACCCCACCUCCACAGUUCAUCUCCUCGAAUGCCGCCUGUAUGGCCAUUCUGAGCGAUCAAGAGACCUUCAAGGUCACCUGGGGUAAGAAGAUUGAGUUUCUCAUGCGUCACAACAAUCAGCCUCACGGCCGGGACUUUAUGCUGUCUGGAGACAAACCACCGAAUGCCGCGUCCCGGAAGAUGAUGGGAGCAGCCCUCUAUCGUGACAAGUGGGAGAGUGAAGCUAAGAAGUUCUAUGAGGCCAUCACCUUGAAACUUUUGCAUCAGCAUUCGUAUCAGAUUGCCGGUGUCAAUCAGGUCGAUAUUGUUCGCGACAUCGCCAAUCUCGCGCAGGUUCAUUUCUGCGCGAAUGUGUUUUCUCUGCCUCUCAAAACUGAAUCGAAUCCCAGGGGUAUCUUCACGGAACAAGAACUCUAUGAGAUAAUGGCUCUCGUGUUUGCGUCGAUCUUCUACGAUGCCGAUGUUGGGAAAUCGUUUGAGCUCAAUCAGGGUGCUCGGAGCGCAACACAGCAGCUCGGAGAGCUGACAAUGGCCAAUGUCGACUUCGUUAGGAAUACCGGCUUCAUCCAGAGUCUGGUUCACAGUCUGCAUCGACAUGAUAUUCUGAGCGAAUAUGGUGUCCACAUGAUCCAACGCUUGCUCGCAAGUCAAAUCUCCCCGACUGAGAUUGUUUGGACGCACAUUCUGCCGACUGCAGGCGGAAUGGUCGCCAACCAAGCCCAGCUCUUCUCGCAAUGUCUUGACUACUACCUGUCCGAGGAAGGCUCUGUCCAUCUGCCAGAGAUCAAUCGACUUGCUAAGGAAGACACCCCUGAAGCUGAUGAUCUUUUGCUGAGAUACUUCAUGGAAGGCGCUCGUUUGCGCUCUUCGGUAGCUUUGCCUCGUUACGUGGCUAAGCCCACGGUGAUCGAAGAUGCCGGGAAAAAGCUGGCAUUGAAGACCGGCCAGCUGGUCUAUUGCAACUUGGUCGCCGCGUCAAGAGACCCCGUCUGCUUCCCGGAGCCUGAAACAGUUAGACUUGACCGUGACAUGAGCGCAUAUGCUCAUUUCGGAUGGGGCCCUCACCAGUGCCUCGGAAUGAGUCUCUGCAAGUUGGCGCUCACGACCAUGUUGAAGGUUGUAGGUCGUUUAGACAACCUCCGACGUGCUCCUGGCCCCCAGGGCCAGUUGAAGAAGAUUCCAAGCCAUGGAGGCAUAACCAUUUAUAUGACUGCCGAUCAGAGCAGUUUCUGGCCAUUCCCUUCGACCAUGAAAAUCCAGUGGGAUGGAGAGCUACCGCCUCUUGCUGCGAACUAA